UUCCAUUCGGGACAACGAGUUGUGGAUGGAGUUUCUGUGAUUACUGACGCUGUGGCAAGCGUGAGUUCCCCGCCAACUAAGAUGCUCUUGGAUUAUAUGAAUGAUAAAAUUGCUCCUAGAUAUUGGAGACCUAACCACGAAAUUAAGGCCUGCUUCAAAUGCAAUGUAUCGUUUGUAAGUGGGCAAAAUAGAGUUGUACCAUCGAAACAUCAUUGCCGAAGUUGCGGUGAAGGUUUCUGUGGAAGCUGUUCCUCGAAAAAAUGCCCUGUGCCACAUAGAGGAUGGAAAGAAUCCGAACGAGUGUGCGAUGCAUGUUUUGAUGAACUCGAGGGCAGAGGGCAAAGUUUAAUAGCGAACAUAUCCGAAGAACAAUUGAGUGGAGAAGUUACACCAAGAUAUAUUGGUGAAAGACUUGUGCAUGCCAUAUCAGCCAUUAAAUAUGUUUACGAUGUACCUAAAAACUGUAUAAAGGAAUACGUGAGGCCAAGUUACUGGACGCCAGACAGUAAGUGCAUCAAUUGCGUGUUGUGUAAUAAUCCCUUUAGAGCCCAGCUCCCUUUACAUCAUUGUCGAGAUUGUGGUAAGGGUGUUUGCGACAAUUGCUCAACUUCUAGAAAACCUGUUCCCAUGAAGGGUUGGGACUCGCCCGUUAGAGUUUGCGAUACUUGUCGGUAAAUGGAUCAAAUUAGAAAUGAGGAAAUCCGACAAAAAACUAGUCAUAGAUAUAAAGAAGCGUAUCGCAGAACUGAAAUGGCAAUGGACACGUGGAUAGACAAGACGAAAAUCGAUGGACAACGAGAUUGACACAGUGGAGACCACAAAAGAGAUGGCACGGGACAGACAGGCGUAGAAAUACAUGAAAGAGGCCAACCUCCAGGAGUGGGCUGCAAAUGGCUCACGAAGAAGAAGAAAAAUCAUCUUUCCUCUAGAAUACCUAUAGAAUAUCGUUUCAUUGCAGAAGCGGGAUUACAAUAAGUUUGGGUUUAUCGGCAAAUGUAAAACCCUUAUCAGUGAAGGAUAUCAAGAAAUAGGCGUCCACAAGGGCUAGUUCUAGUGAAGUUAGCGGAGUACUGGAAGGCCGAUCAAGCAAGGUUUACGCUUCUAAUUCAACUAUUAACACCGUCGAGUACAUAAUUACCACAAGUCUUAAAUUAGUGAGACAUUGAGACAGCGGCGACCACAGAAAAGUCAUCAGUUAGCCCCAAUAGCAGCCCUAUCACCUAUUUUCCAAACACACGCUUCGUCUUAUCAAGGACUAAGGAAAGCUAAUAACUGGUAUGUCCCAGGUAUGUUAGGCAUUCCCAUGUGGGAAUGACAAACUCCAAUCCAAGUGGAUACUGUGGUGUAUGUAUGGUGGCUACAUUCGGAGCAGAAGAGUACCAGAGGGUUUGUCAAAAAAGUAACAGUAUGUUGUUCAGUAGAAUAUUUUGUAGUAUCCGUUCAGUGUCUUAAUACUUAUAAUACACGAUUAGUCUGAA